UGCGGAAGUAGCCGCGGCUGCAGCUGCAUCGCCUCUCAGACUGAGGCUGGUUUAGGCAAGACGGAGUUGGCCCCAGCUGCAAAUAGAGUGAAUUGUCUCGUGAUAACGAAUGGUUACCUGAGGGCGAAAGUCCCCAAAAUAACAACAAACUCUAUCCCGCCUGGCUUCCCUUCGGAACAAGUUUUUUUUUGUUUAAAGAUCCUACUUUGUCAGUCGAGAGCGUUCUCAACCAUCUGCAAAUUCCGCCCACACCUCUUCCUCAGCAAUCCCCAUCUUCUUUCUUUUCCCCACCCCCCUGAAACGUCAGAGUGAAGCUGUAAAGGCUCGUUCGGUGUCCCCAGGAAAGCCCGAGGCUCUGCUUAAGGCCUGGUUGGAUGAAUCCUGAGCUUUUAACAAUAACACAAAAAAUAAACACACAAGGAAGGAAAGAGAGUGUGAGAGAGAGGAAAAAAAGAACAUUAGAAGAGGGGAGAAGGCAGUCCCAUUCAGAAACGAUUAUUGAGAGAGAAAUCGGGUCAGCAUGAAUAGUCUUAAGAAUUGAGCUUUCAGGAAUGAAGGCUGCUUUUGCUGGUCUUCAUCCUCCCCCAGGACAGAUACAGUGACAGAUGUGCUGUUUCCCUCAUGUCCAUGAUCUGCACACGACACUGCGGCUGUUUGGCCUCGGUGUGGUCAGGCAUUUUGCUUCGGACCCCGUGAUAAACACGAGUUGGUGUUGGACGUCAUGAGCAUAGUAAUUCCACUUGGAGUUACUACACCAGAUACUUCAUACUCUGAUAUGGCUGCUGGAUCAGACCCAGAGUCAGUGGAAGCUAGUCCUGCAGUUAUUGAGAAGAACAGCUACUCAAAUCACAACUAUGGAAGUGCUCAACAUCAUGGAUACAGAGGUUUGCCUUAUGCAGAUCAUAACUAUGGUGCUCCACCACCUCCAACACCCCCAGCUUCACCACCUGCACAGACUAUAAUUGCCCGAGUAGAGUUGAAUAGACUGCGUUGCCAACGAUACGAUGAUAAUUCUGAGGAUAGCGACAGUUCAUCUGAAGAUGAAAACAUUCCCUGGUGUCAUUGUAGCUUAACUCAGGAUGGUUUUAUUAUCACGUGUGAGAACUGCAGAGGCCUAGACAGGCGAAAGGUUAUCAGACUCCAGCGCAGGAAGCAGGAGAAUGUGUCAGUUGGAGAUAGCAGUGCAACUGAAAGUGGGGAUGAGGAGGUAUCACCAUCAACUGUAUCCUAUACUGCAACACAACACACACCAACUAGCAUCACACUCACAGUCAACCGUGUGAAGAGAACCAAGGCAAAGAAGAGAAAGAGAAGUACAGAAAAAGCAAAAAAUGCCCCCAAAGCCAAAAAGAUAAAGGCCUUUCGAGAAGGUUCCAGAAGAUCUAUGAGGAUGAAGAAUUCAUUGUCAGAAGCGCAUGCAUUGGAUGAAAAUACUGCAGAAGGAUGGGAGAACAGGAUUCGACUCUGGACUGAUCAAUAUGAGGAAUCUUUUGCAAAUCAGUACAGUGCAGAUGUACAAAACCUCCUGGAACUGCAUCGGUUAACAAUGAAAGACUCUGUGGGUAAAAACGUUAUGCUGGACACUAUUAACAAAACGGAAUUGGCCUGCAACAACACAAUUCUCGGCUCUCAGAUGCAGCUACAGCUUGGUAAAGUCACAAGAGUUCAGCGGCAUCGCAAAAUUUUGAGAGCAGCCAGAGACCUAACACCAGACAUACUCAUUAUUGAAUACCGUGGAAAGGUGAUGCUGCGGCAACAGUUUGAAGUCAAUGGUCAUUUCUUUAAAAGACCCUAUCCUUUUGUACUCUUCUACUCAAAAUUCAAUGAGGUGGAGAUGUGCGUUGAUGCCCGAACGUUUGGGAAUGAUGCUCGUUUCAUUAGACGGUCGUGUGCCCCCAAUGCUGAGGUACGGCACAUGAUUGCUGAUGGAAUGAUCCACCUUUGUAUAUAUGCCAUCACAAACAUCCCAAAAGACAAUGAGGUGACUAUUGGCUUUGACUAUGAAUACAGCAGCUGUAAAUAUAAGGUUGACUGUGCCUGCCAUAAGGGGAAUCAGAACUGUCCUGUGCAGAAACACAAUCAGGAAUCAAUGGAGCCCCCUGUUGGUGCAGAGACAAGGCGGAGAAAAGCCAGGCGGAAAGAAUGGGAGAUGGAGUUGGAGCUCAAUCAGGGGUCUGAUGAAAAUAACAGCCAACAGCAGGAGGGAGCAGCAGAAUCUAAAGACCAGCCUGAGUUACCUUUACAAAAUCAAGCAAGUGACAGUGAGGAAGGGCCUGGGGAAGGCAAUCGAAUAAAAGUUGAAGAAGAAAACGAAGAAUCAGAGAUGGAUGAACAACUCCGUGCCUUAGCACAAAAUAAACUGUCACGGGAGCAGCGGAAGAUGGAAGCCAUCAUGCAGGUUUUUGAGAACUUAGAGAAAAGAAAGAAAAGACGCGAACAGGUGGUUGAGCGCAGUACUAGUCACCCUGGCGGCGAUGCCAAUCCGGAGACUCCAACCACAGAUGUGGAGGAGGUGAAACUGGAACCCGCAGCCGAAGAAUCACCCUCCAGUGGGGCAAGAACACCACAGCCUGUGCUUGCAGGGGUAAGCACACGGCGAACUUCACAGUUAGGGGAGCAAGUUCCUGAGAAGCCUGCUAAGCCUCCUGCAUCAAAACCAAACAAGCCACGACCCAAAAAUCGUUUCUCACGCUAUCGCUCCAGUUCAGCACAGCGACUACGUAGACAACGACAAGCCAGCAGCCAGUCAGAGCCAGCACCAGUGGUCGCAGUGGAUGAGGGAGCAGCAGGGACAGUGGUAACAGAAUCCACGUCUACAGAAGGCAUGCCAAGUUCAGGAGCUCCAGGAGUAGAGACCACCACAGGCACUACAGUUGUCUCCCAGCCAAACCGAACCAGUGUCAAGUAUCCUAAAACUAAAAGAUAUUUAGUGUCGGAAUGGUUAAAUGACAAGGUUGAGCGUUCUGACUGCCCAUAUGACCGCCCGUUACGCAUCACAACUGAUCCUACUGUAUUGGCAACAACACUGAACAUGUUGCCAGGUCUGAGCCAUAGUCCUCAUAUUUGCACAACCCCUAAACACUACAUUCGCUUUGGCUCCCCCUUUGCUCCUGAAAGAAGAAGACAAAGAGUUGUGUGUGAUGGCAAUUAUGGAUCUUGCAAAAAGAGAUGGAUGAAACAGGCAAUGGAUGAGGCCAUGGUGCAACUUCCCCUUACACCAAAUAUAGGACAAGAGACAUCACCCAUAUACCACAGUAAUGACAACAACAAUAUGCCUGAAGUACUGAAUGACUCCCAUACCUCAACGGAGUUGAUUACUCCUCUGAAGAAACGAAAGACACGGUAUCUGUCAGACGUGAGCUUGACUGAUUUGACAGGACCUUGUAGUCCACUGUCAGCGCCAGCAUCUGUCACGGACACUGUCAUGUCAAGUCCGACGAUAAUGAUGCCUUGCACCUUGUUUCCAGGAGAAGAGGAUAAGAAAAAUGGAUAUAAUACGGUUUAUUCUCCCCUUCAUUCCCUUGCUGCUAGCAGAUGUAAUACUCCACUACAAUUUGAGAACAUUUCCUCUCCUGAGAGUUCCCCAGUGCAUAGGCCUGAGCCGUUUUCACCAGAGCCGCCUCUGAGAGCGGAUAAUGACCAGUCCAGGACUGGCUUCUCAGAUCUUUCCCUCCAAGCUGAUCCAGACACCAGUACUCUUCGGAUUACAGAGGGGUCACUGUCAGACUCUGCUGCUCAACUUCCAUGUUCUACUUCAACAUUCCCCAGUGAAUCUGAAACUGGGUUGACAGGAAAGAAUAAUGAUGGUCCUUCAUCCCUGAAAAACACAGAGCAAGCGUUCAGGACAGAGUUUAACUUGAUAUAUGCCUGUUCGCCUUUGAACUCCAAUCUCCGAGACCUCACUCCAACACACCGGCUGGAGGGCCCCUACCGAGGACUCGAGAAUAGAACCAAUUACAUCAGUGACAGGAAAUCUUCACAAUCAGAGCGAGGGUUUGGUGAAGCUGUGUACAUGAGCCCUUCUGGAGACUCCUGCUUUAAUAGACAAAGCCAAGGAUUUUUGCCUGAAACUUUGCAAGGAUCCAUGUCUCCUCAAACAGAUCGGCAACCUUUGUAUUCUGAAGGAAGUACAACACCCCAGCAAAAUCCACCACAGAAAAAGAAGGUAUCUUUGCUGGAAUAUAGAAAACGUCAGCAAGAAGCAAGGGAAAGCAGCUUCAAGUCAGACAGCCUCAGCUCAGAUCCUUCCAAAACACCCAACAAUAUGGGCACUCCAACCAGACGAGGUAGUGACGGCACUUGUACACAAUCAGCAACCAAUGGUGAUACCACUGCAAUAUCUAGGUCAUCCCAUAGAUCGUCAUCACCCCCAAGCGGUUUCUCGUCACCAGUGCACCCUUCAGUACCUCAGAUAGAGGAGGUCAGUCCAACGGAUCCUGGUAGCAACAAGAAUACAACUCUCUCUGCAGCAGCUAGCAAUAAAAGUAGGAACAGCAUGAGCACGAGGUGGAUGGUUCCUACAUCAGUAGAACGUUUGCGAGAAGAUCGGGGAAUGUUGGAACGUGUUCUUCGGAGAGUGGAAAUUGGAAGUAUGAAGCGAACAGGAGAUGAGCGAAGCACAUUGGACCGUGUUCUGAGGAGAAUAGAAACUAGUUCGGUGGACUCAGUUAGGGACAAAGAUGCAGAUUCCACAGAUGGUGAAGGAUCAGAGACGCAUGGCCUUGUACGCAUCAAAAAUUCCCCAAUUCACAGUCCACAGAGAUAUAGUCACAGUCCUUCCAGAUAUAAUCAUCAGCUUCUACAGGCACAGUCCGAUGGAGUUGUCCCUGAAUCUCACGUACUUCCACAGCAAAGCUUGUCUCCCUACAGAACGCACAGCUCCUCGAGUGUUUCCGCGACUCUCACACAAGGACAUAUCUAUCGCUCUCCAUCCCAUGCAGUGGGGCAGAGUGGAUCCCAACAUCAGAUAGAUUCCAGCCUAACAACAGCUCCUCUCUCCACUCUCUACUCAAGCCCAGUUCAUUCAACAUCCGUUGAUACCUCUGUGGUCCAGUACAUUGGGAAUUCUGGAUACUACAGUGGUCAGCAGCAUUCUGGGAGUGUCUUACACACAAUGAGUAACACUCAACAAAAGACUAAUUCUGGGUGUACUCCUAUUGCUGCUAGCCCACUACAAAGCACCACAAAAAACAUAACUGACUCAACGUUUACCCCAGCUCCAAGCACCAUAAACUGUACUGUUUCACAGACUGCAAGGCCAUCACAAUCAGGAUCAUGGACCUUAAGCCCAACAGGGUCAGGGCAACCGCUUUACUCUGCAGCUAAGAUUCCCACGGCAUCAAGUUCUCAGCACUACCGAAAUACUGGGAUAGGCCAGUACCAACCUCCACAGGUCCAAAGUGGAAAUGUAAGAACGCAAUCAAGCACAUAUUAGACGAUGGACAUAAACUUUGAUCAUCUGGGAGAUGUUUGCUCUGGUCCAUAGCUUGUGCCUCCAUAUAUGCCACCAGCAUAUGGAGCAAGUGAGUUGUAAGCAUCUUUAAAUUAUGGACCUUGAGUUCUGUGGAUUAUUGGGCCUAUGCUAUCAUUUACUAGAACUUCAUACUGUACAAAAUCCUGUACAAAAACAAAGUAAGAGUUAAGAAUUGUGUACCUAUUGGUAAGGUACGUUUUAAGCUUAUAAUUCAGAUAAAUAUUGUUUAGGCUUUUUUCCUCCAGUUUAUUUUAAAUAAACUAGUCAUGUGCAGUAAGACUUUUUUAAAAUUCAAAAUGAAAGCGUUUGUAGCGUCAAAAUAAAGGCAUGGAGGAAAGGGUGUUGAUAGGGUGGGGAGAGUUUGUCUAGGCACACAUUCCACGUGCCAGCUUCUCACAUGUAUACUGUAAUAUCCUGGAGUAGAAAAUUUUAUUUAUCUAAUUUUAUAUAUAACCAUUCUAGGCUAGCUAUUAUCUUACCCACACAGCGGAGUUUAAUCCACGGUGCUGCAAAGAGUUUUUAUUUUACACCUGAUGCUGUGAGUUCCCUGAUGUUGAGGCAAGAAUGGAAGAAGUGUAUUUCAGUGACUGUUACAAUCUCAAUUUUUUUUUAAUUUGAAUCUUAAAUUCAGGUCUGUGUUCAACUGAAGGGAGAAAGUAAUCUCCAUUUUGAAGAUGUAACGUGACAAAUACAUGUUUUAAAAAAAAGUGAUGCAGUCUUGCUGCAUAUUGUAUAAUGGGAGUUUAAUACUGUUCUUUUAUUCAGAACACUCUGUAUAUACCACAGCUACUUGUUAUCCUCAGAGGAUUUAGUUGCCUGACUUUGCAUUAUGUACAUUGGUAAUUUUUUGUGUAUAAUUUCUCUUGUGCACCUUUUUUUCUUGUAUUUUCUUUUUUGACAACAGCUUUCGAUCUCCCAUUGGGCAUUUCCAUGUGCAGUCUUUUAAUUUUCGAUGUGCGAUGUGCAUGAGGCGAGUUUGUUCCUGAAUGUAGCUGUUGACUGAGUUGCACAUCAUUUACAAUCGAGAUUUUAAAAAAAUAAAAAAUGAAACAGUAGCCUUGCUUUCUAAACAUGUACAGUCAACCCCUCCUGUGGAGUGUACAAAAAUAAAACAGUUCAUUUCUGCAGUUCUUUCUCCAUAUUUUCACUUUUACAUUUUAAAAUUACAAUUUAACGUCUGCUUGAUCAGUGGUUUUUUUAUCUUUCGCUGCAAACUCAUCCUACUUGUUCUCUUAAACACAAGAUUCUGCAGAACUGGAAAUCCGGAGCAAAACGCACACAAUGCUGGAGGAGUUCGGGUCAGGCAGCAUUUAUGAGAAUGACUGAACAGUUGACAUUUUGGGCCAAGACCCUCCAUCAGGACCUGCCUUCAGUUUUGUUUCCUGUGUCAAAUACACUGGCUCAGGAAGAAGGAAAAAUAACCUGCUACGUAAUGAUUUUCUCUGAAAUUUUCCCCCUAUGCAAUUAUCUUCUAUGGGAGCUCAGUUGAGAUUAGAAACAAAAAACAAUAUUGAUAAGAACAGUAUUCCUCAUGCUCUGCAUUUUUUUGUGUGUACUACAGUGACUGUUUUCUCCCUCGGCUUCUUGCUAAUAAAUCUUAAACAUUCUUUAUACUUGUACCACAUUCUAGGAUACAAUUUGUAACACAGCUGCUCCUACAGAUGGAGUGAUUUUUUUUCUCUCUGUAGUUAACUUAAGAUGGUGAGCUCUUAUUUUAAUAAAUGAGACAUAUAUAUCCAUUGAUCAGAUAAAUUCUUAAUUUUGUAGCUAUUAAUUUCAGGGGUACUCUGCGUUCCUUAGAUUGAAUGAAAAUAUGCUUCUUUAACAACAACUGCCAAACCUGAGAUUUUGCUCUACUGUGACAUGGUGACCUCUUCAAUUGCCAGUCCCCCUGUAGAUUGCGUUUUAUCCUA